UAUUCGUUCGCAACUCUCCGCUGUUAAUGCGAAGGAAAAUGAAGGCCGCCAUAUUGUUGUAGCAGCUAAAAGCAGCACCUGGGAACUCGCUUUAAGAGAAGCAACGAAAAAGAAAAAGGGAGAAAGAGUGACUGGUGUUUGCUGCCGUAUUGAGCACCGACUCCAUUUUAGUUUAUUUCCAAUACUCUCAAAGGAACUGUGUGGAGCGUCUGGAGUCAUCAUGAGCGGGGGGACCCCAUACAUCGGCAGUAAAAUCAGCCUCAUUUCAAAGGCCGAGAUUCGUUACGAAGGGAUUUUGUACACGAUCGACACCGAGAAUUCCACUGUCGCGCUCGCGAAAGUUCGCUCUUUUGGUACUGAGGACCGACCAACAGACAGACCCAUUCCUCCUCGAGAUGAAGUAUUUGAAUACAUCAUUUUCCGAGGAAGUGAUAUCAAAGAUCUCACAGUUUGUGAACCGCCAAAACCUCAGUGUUCACUCCCACAGGAUCCAGCAAUUGUACAGUCUUCACUUGGAUCUUCUACCACCUCAUCAUUCCACUCGGUUGGCACUUAUGCUCCCCUCAAUAGAAUGCCUGCUUAUAGCCAGUUUAGCCCUAGCCCUUUAGUGACUCAACAACAGUUUGGAGCUGUGGGUGUAGGUCGCUCAAGUCCCCAGUUAGACCCCUUACGUAAAAGCCCAACUUUGGAGCAGGCAGUACAGACUGCACCUGUGACUGUCCCAGUGCCAUCAGUGCCUGCUGGAAGGAGGAGUCCUGCACCAGCCAGGCCAGCACCAUCAACAAACCAUAAACCCACUGAAAUUCAAGAACAAAGAAGAGCUGAGACCCAGAAGCUGGGAAAAUCUGAAACGGAACCAGUCAGGAAUGAAAAUCGUGAGUCAAGCAAACGUCAGUCAGGUCCCAAUGCAGCUAGACGUGGACGUGGUGGGCACCGCGGAAGAGGUAGAUUUGGUGUUCGAAGAGAUGGUCCAAUGAAGUUUGAGAAAGACUUUGAUUUUGAAAGUGCUAAUGCCCAGUUCAACAAAGAAGAAAUUGACAGAGAGUUCCAGAGUAAAUUAAAGCUGAAAGAUGACAAACCUGAGAAAGCAGAUAAGGCAGUGAAUGGUGAAGAUAAAGGAGAUUCUGGAGUUGAAACACAGAACAGUGAAGGAAAUGCUGAUGAAGAUGACCCACUUGGACCUAACUGUUACUAUGAUAAAUCAAAAUCCUUUUUUGACAACAUCUCAUGUGAUGAUGCAAGAGAGCGAAGGCAAACGUGGGCGGAGGAAAGAAGAAUGAAUGCAGAGACCUUUGGAAUUCCUAUUCGUCAUAAUCGUGGCCGUGGAGGAUUUCGUGGCAGAGGAGGAAUGGGCUUUCGUGGUGGCAGAGGUCGCGGUGGAGGUCGAGGCAGUUUUGGUGCAUCACGUGGCAGUGGUUUUAGAGGUGGUUUCCGAGGAGGUCGUGGUGGGAGAGAAUUCACAGACUUCGAAUACAGGAAGGAUAACAAAGUUGCUGCAUAGUACUUCAAGAAGAUUCUCCAGAAAUGAGUUUAGUUCUUCAUGGUCCAGAGAAUUUUGUUUUAGUUUUCAACUUCUUUGACAAUAUGAAUGAAGCAAUGUAUUUGCUGUAUAUUUGUCACCAGCACUGGGGUAGACUGCUUGAAAGAUAUUAUGCAGUUAGGUUUUUCCUUGCUAUUUUUUUAUGGCAAUCUUUGAAAUGUUAAGGUAUGUGUUUGAAAUAACAGCAGAAGGACAGGUAAAUUUCUUAUGUAUAGAUUCAGAACUACAACAGAACUAUUCAGUAUUUUUUUCAACAAUAUUGAAAGGUUUUUCUUACUGAAAUGUAUUUGAUAAAAUUAAUUAUAAAGAAAUGUAUGCAGAAGGCCGUUGAUACUGUGAUGAAAGUAAUUUGAUCACUGAAAUAGCUUUAUUUUUGGAUAUAUCCUGUAAUGUACCUUAAGAGCGCCAAAUUUCUGUAUAUAGCCGUUGGGGUUCCAAAUACAGUUUUCUAUAACUGACUUUUUUUAUGACAAACUUUAUAGUACCAUAUUUACUUCAAGGACAACUUUUAAUGCCCUACUUUAUUUAUUGAGCCACUUAAACAAAAAUAGCUUGGUUCUCAUAUAUAAGUAGGUUUUGGAGUAAAUUGGUCCAUUCCUCAACGGGGAUAAACAAAUAGCCUGAAAAGGUGCUACAUAGAAAAAGUUAAAUGGGUGAGAGAUAAUAUAUAUACUUCAUAACAAGAAGCAAAAGAAUGUGAAGGUAUACUAUCUGUGGGAACCCCCCUCCAGUUAAGCAAAGAUCAAGUACCUGGUAUUUUGUCUUGUGGCCUUUUUUUUUUUUUUUUUUUCCUUACUCAUUUAAUUUACAAUUUUAAUCCAACCUAUUCUCUGUAGUUUAUUGAAAUGCAAUGCAAGGUUUUGUUUUUUCCAGAAUAGUUGGUCUUCACAUUUUGAAAGGAUAUUAGAAAAUGAAUCAUUCUGUCCUAGCUAUAUUUUUCUUAACUGUCGUUUUUUUCAGCACUUAACAGCUCAAUCAUAGUUUAUAAUAGUGUCAAACAGAUCACUGAACUUAAUUUAGGUCUCAUUUUCUCACUAAACAUAGUGAAAUAUUAAUCUAUACUUAAUUUAUAAAAGAGAUCUGUUGAAUACCUGCAACAAUGGAAUCCUGUGAUUCAAGAAGUUAAGCCAAUGUGUGUGUGUGUGUGUUUUUUUUUUUUUUUUUUUUCCUCCUAUCUGCAAGCAGUAGAAAUACUGGAAUGUCAAAAGGGUCAGUUUUGAGCUUUUAUUAAAUAUUUCAAAACCAAUUUGAAUUAAUAGGAAAUGCACCAAAGUAACAGAUUAUAAUUUAAAGUUGAUUAUGGAUAUUCUAUUCAAAUUUGUUGCUUUCUCUCUAGAUGCUGUCUAAGUUUACUUUGAUUGCCUUGUUCAGUAUAAUGCAACUUACUUUGUGCUAAAACAUGCAAGCUGUUAGCUUUUAAUGUGAUACAAGUGGAAGAAGAAUAGGCUGUAUAUUUUCUUUUUUAAGCCUUUAUUUUCUUUCAAUGUCGCUUGUAUAUGUUUUAAGUUUCUUUAUAGGAUUAAUUUUAAAUGUUAACCUGAAUGGUUUGUUUUCAAUAUUCAAUUAUUUCUACCAAGUUAUCAUUCAACAACAGUGCUGUCACUGCCUUUGUGUUCUAAACGUUUUACCAUGUUAUCCUUUUUGUUGAAUGAAUGGCACAUGCUUAAAAUAUAAUGCAUUUAUCUUCAGGCAGUGGAGAAAACUGUACUGUCAUAUGGUGGUCAGUGGAAACUAUAAUUUCCAGUGUGGGUGUUAAGCCAUUAAAUAUUGUAGGAUGGAAAACUAAAAAUGUCUGUUACCUUUCCAGUAUGUGUCUGGUACUUAAACAUUAUUUAAAUUGGGGUCAGUUGCUUAUGCAGAUUGGUAAUCUUUCUUAUGCGGAUAGUUUUCAAGUACAGUACCCUCUACGGCACAUGACAGGAUGCUUUCCAAAUAAAGGAUAGUUCAGGAAAUCACUAAAAUGUAAAGGUCUUCAGCUAACAGUAAAUUAAAUUAAAAAAAGUACCAAUAGCUUUACUGUUCAGGACAAUACUACAUUAACUUAAUGGGAUCACAGCUACAAAACAAAAAGGUUCCUUCUGCCUUGUAUUUUAGAAUACAGCACUAUGGUGAUUUUUGUCUGUUUAAAAUUUACAUAGAUGUAUUAAGUAGUCAUUCGGUAUUUACUUUAAAGAAGUCCCCUAAUAUUUUAUUAUACCUUGUUGUUAAAAAAAAAAAAAAAAUAGAGGAUAAACAUUGGUGGUCUAGACUACCUGUGAAGAAGGUGUUCACGUCUAUGAAGAGAUUUAUUUAGAAGUGGAUAGAUAUUUGUAGUGUGGUCAUUGGUCAAAGAGGCCACAGAAAUAAAGGGAUCCAAAGAUUUAUUUAAACAAACGAAAUGUUUUUAGUUUGUCUAGUGUAUAUUGAUAUCCUCAUUAUGUUGGAUCAGUAGUAGGAAGAGCAGAGGAUAAUCUAUUGUGGUUGCCUGCACAUUUUAAAUGUGUACUGCUAGUUCAGUAAAUGCAGACUUAACUAGGCAUUUUCUCAAAGCACUACAAGAAAAUUUUCCUUCAUAAGAAGACAAAACUAAAGUGAAAAAAUAGGGCAGCUAGUAGUAAAUAUCCAGUAGUGUAAUAAAAGUAUACAGUUUGGCAGGAGCUUGUAGUAAGCACACAAAAUAAAGCCUGCAUGUUAACAGUCAGUACUUGUGAGGAACCACAAGAAAUCAUGAUACUGAACAACUUUGAGGUUUUCUGGAUAAGAAGCAUUUGCUGUAUUUUUGUCGCAAUAACAAUGUACAAUAUUACUGAAAUAUCCCAUGCUAAUAUAAAAAAAUGUAAAUACCAAAAUGCUGUAUGCUAGUGAGGUAUACAUAUUUUUUUUCUUGUAUUAUAUGGGAUAAUAGCCAGUUUUGUUGGUAUUUUUCAAUCCCAAGAAACUUGACAGCAUGGUGUACUUUGUGUCUCUUGCCAGACAGAGGUUUUUAUUCAAUGCUGCAAAUAAACAGUUGUUCAAA